AUGUCUUCUCAAAACGCUCCUCAAGAACUCUCAAAUAUGAGAACUUCUCAGCCUGUGGAGACAGAUCAGCCCAAGGCGCAAUCAUCUAUGGAUCCCCAAAAAGCAUCCGAGACCACAGAACCCAACCUCGAACUCCGUGGAGGUGGCGCCUGCGAUGGACGACUUUGUGGUGUUAUUCCAUGCCCUAUUCCGAUCAACUGCUGGAUCAUCCCUUGCCCUUGCUGUUAA